AUGGCGCCUUCUACUCUUCCAAAUGUCCCUGUGAAGCACACUGACUUCAUCCAGUACAUUGCAUCUAACCCAGACAAGCCUCUGCUGGAACUUCUCGAGCCAUACAAGCUGUACGAUUCCAAAAUACGAGAGGUUUUUGCCCAGGAACCCAAUCAUCCUUCCCUCAUCGACCAACAUCUCAAUAUCGUCCCAGUCUUCAAUGGACAUGAGAAAGAUGUCAAAAUCCAUGCUCGAAACCUGGACGCUGAGACGACAGAUGAGAAGGAACGGUAUAUCAUGCCGCUCAAUGAGAAGGACAGGCGUCCUAGUGGGUCCCCUGCCAUCGUUCGGGACAUCAGAGAGUUCCAGCAAAACUUUACCCUCUUCUGCGAAUCCUCACUUGUUGACCUGGACUGGAGUAAUGUCGUCGCUGCCGGGUCCUCCGUUGUGACGAGCCUCUUGCCUGUUCCGUCUCAGUAUGCCAUGUCAAAGAGGGCACUUCGCCAGUACUAUCACGAAAUGAUAGCUCCAGCUUCGGAUGUCGAUCUAUUCAUCUAUGGGCUCAACGAGGAAGAGGCUUCCAAAAAGAUCCUCGAGAUUGAAACAAGGAUCAAGGACAGUAUCCUCACUGAGACGACUACUAUUCGAACCAAAAAUACAAUCACCAUUGCGAGCCAGUACCCCACCCGCCAUAUCCAAAUUGUACUUCGCAUCUACAAAUCGAUCGCUGAAAUUUUGACUGGCUUCGACGUUGACUGUUCGUGUGCGGCAUAUGAUGGAAAGCAGGUUUAUGCCUCUCCCCGUGCUCUCACAGCAUACAUGACUCAAUCGAAUACGAUCGAUUUGACUCGUCGCUCUCCUUCUUACGAGAACCGCCUCAGCAAGUAUUCCCACCGUGGAUUCGAAGUGUACUGGCCAGUUUUGGAACGCUCACGCGUCGAUCCAACAAUCUAUGAACGAAAUUUUGGGAGAACCGUCGGGCUGGCGAGACUUCUUGUUCUAGAGCGACUUCCUACCAAAUCCGAGCGUGAGAAUUACAUGGAUGAACGACGCCGUGAACGAGGAAGGCCGGCCAUCCAGCGUCACCUCAACUAUAGUAUGCACGGUAACAUCAAGGAUUUACAUGAGGAUGAAGUCGCGGAGUGGGUUGAUCAGGAAGAUGUCAGUGACUACCACACUUUCACGAUUCCCUACGGACCUAAGUACCAUGCGAAGAGGAUAGAGAAACUCCUCUACACCAAGGACCUCCUAUUGAAUGCAGAAUGGAACAAGAGAGAUGACCGCGAAGUGAACUUGCAUCGACAUCCAGCAUUCUUUGGGCGAGCCGAAGAUGUCAUUCACGACUGUUGCGGCUUCUGUCCUAAGCCUGUGACUCCGGAGGAAUUCGAUGCCGCUGAUGAAGAGGCAAAAAUCUACGUCUCUGGGGAGAUCUCAUUCAUCCAGGACGAUCCAGGAAGGCAGGCGAUUGGUUCUUUCCAUCCAAUUACAGACAAGGACUGGACUGAAAUGGCGUAUGUCGGUAAUACUGCUCGGUUAUGCCAAGGAAUCAUCGACGGCGAUGUAGAGCAUGUUGAGGAUUGGCUAUCUCAGGAAGGGUCUGAUCCGAAUUGUCGAGAUUACACUGGCCGCACCCCUUUGCAUCUGGCUGUCACGUCCUCCACUCCAGAUGUUGUCAAGACACUCAUUGACCGCGGCGCCCGUCUUGUCGCUCGCCUUGCUGACGGUAGGACUGCUCUCCAUCUGGCUGCGGCCCGUGGAAAUGUGGAAAUAAUAAAGAUGAUUCUUCAGAAGAGUGAAGAGAAUGAGGAACAAGAAGCUAAGAAAGAGGACGCUCGAAAGCGGGCAAGGGUUGCUGCUCGAGACCAGCGGAGAGAGACUAAGGCGGUUCCUGAGAAGCCUGCAGAAGAGGAAGAAGAUGAUAGCGACAUUGAAAUGAUUGACGACGAGGAAGACUCUGAUUUAGAGAUGCGCUCGACAACUACUGGGUCCUAUGUCAAAGUCAAAGAAGAAGAGAAAAAAGCUCAGGACCAACUCCCAGAGGACGAAGAAGACGAACCUGACUUUUAUGAUGUCAACGUGCUGGCUUGGGAUACUCAAUGUUCAGCCCUUCACCUCGCGAUCUUGCAUGGUCACGUUGAAGUUGUCAAAGAGCUUGUUCAAACCUUUGGUGCUGAUGUCCUGUUGCCGAUCAAACUCCUUAGCAGCUACGACAAGAAGCCCCGUGGAGCAAUCUUGACACUAGUGCUUGCCCUUCGGCUUCCAUUGGAGAAAGCCAAAAUAAUGGCUAAGACCUUACUGGAGAUUGGUGCCUCCUCCGCUCAAGCCGACAUGCAUCAGACGACUGCCCUUCACUAUAUCUCUAAACAGGAGCCUGAUGUUCUCGAGACUUUGCUCCAAUUUGAUGAGCCAGCUGCGAAACGUGCCAUCAACCACCUUUGUGUUGGAGGCUCAGAGUGGAGGCCAUCUGCUUCAAGUCCUUUGAUGAGUGCUAUCCAAAAUGGCAAUGCACUCGCUGCACUUAAGCUUUUGGAUGUAGGCGCUGAAGCACAUAUCCAGUUCAAAGACUGGAUGAAGUCUGUCGAGUCACAAUACGAAAGUGUUUCAAAACGCGACUCGAACCUCAACCACGCCGAAUUCAACAAAGAUGUGGAACAACCAAUUAUCCUUGCCGUCCAAACGGAGCUGUCGGAUCUCGUCAUGAAGCUUCUGGAACUCGGAGUGGACCCAAACACACUCACGAAACAGACCCAGGCCGCUAUGGUGAAUACAUGGUAUCAGCGAUACAAUAAGAUGGAAACUCUUCUCGACAUAGUCCGAGAAAAAAUCAAGCAGUUGAGAAACUUCGAGGAUACUGCAGAACCGGAGCUACCAGAGAAAAAUCUCAAGGAUGGGGUGAACUACCUCGAAGGCCUCGAGCCAGAAUCAUACAAAUGGUUCAUAGCCAAGAUAUUCAUUGAAGAUGCCCAAGGAUCUGAUAAACGUGCUUUGGAGGCCUACGAGAAGCGUUUGAAGCAGCAUAAUGAGCGCAAGGGGAUUGAAGAAAAGAAAGCCGCUGUUGCGGCGCUCGCUGACCAAUUCGAGGUUGUUGAAAAAGAGUUAAUCAAACGCGGCGGGCAAACAUUCUUAGAGCUUCAUCCGGACAAGAUCGAAGAACAAUUCAAGAAUACGUACUCGUAUCCCGAACACAAACCGAAGCCAUGGGAGAUCACUUUCGAUUUCCGAAUCCAUGAUCUCACGGAUGAGACUCGUGACCACUACUUGAAGCUGUUCCAAGCCGCCUGGGAUGGAGAUCUUGCUACAAUCAAGUCUCUUACCUUGGCUACGUGGGGUCCGGAAGAUGAAAGAAUGCCAUUGAAAAUAGCGGUUGAAGAUCGACAUAACCACUCCCCCUUCAGCCUUGCAGUUCUCCGUGGUCAUUUUGACGUUGCUCGAGCUAUUGUUGAAAUCUCCCACGUUCAAUACCAGCCAUCUGAAGAGAAGGAAAAGGUGCGCUACCGGAUGGGCAACAAUGAGGUUGAGGAUGAGGACAGUGAAACAGAUGACGCAAGCGAGUCAAGUGAUAUUCCAGUAUACAAGGAAAUUCUUGAUGACCGAUUCACAAUCGACACGAUAGGGGAAGUAUCUACACAGGUAAAGAGUGAGACUUCCCCUCUCAAUGUCAUUAACUGUGCUUAUUCAGCAUGUGACUUUGCCCGACUUCUGAGAAAAGGUGAAAAGUUCACCUACGGUUUGGAUGACCGCGAAGUUACUCUAAGCGGAUACGGCACAUUAAUGACAUGGGCAAUAAAGACGAACGACAUGCGGCUUUUCACAUUCAUGCUAGAUCUUGAGCUAGAGUGGACAGAUAGAAUGGCCCAGGACAAGGACAAGUCUUCAGCCAUUCCAUCAUUCCCCGAAAGCGAUUUCCUUCUCGCGAUCGAGUACGGGCGCAUCAACAUGCUCACAGAGUUGAUCAAACAUUCAGGGGCCGGUAUGGAGCUCGAGUCUCUUGUCAAAAAGAGUGGUGUCAAAUUUCAAGAAAAGCCGAAGUACUAUCAGGGUCUCAGCGUCCAUGGCAAGAAGAGGGCCGAUUGGGUGUCUGCAGCUCGAGGAAUUCGCAUGCGAAGUGUCACCGAUACUCAUCCACCACUCUUGAGGGCCGCUUUCAAGGGUAAUCUCACAAGCGUUGAGUGGUUCCUCAGUGACAGCCCUUCACGCCACUAUCUCGACUUUGCUGAAGCAAAUAAGUCACAUAAGCUCAUCACACAUCUAAACAUGUCUGCAGGAGGAUUUAAUAAAUGUUUGUCCAGAUGGCUCGGAGCUAGACAUGAUAUUGCUCUUCAUUGCGCCGUCAUGGCACCGCCGAGGGAUGAAAGCAAGAAACUGAUCGAAUACUUGAUGGACAAGAUGCCAGAGUCAAUACACAUCAAAUCUAGUCAGGGACACACUCCUCUUGCUCUCGCUUUCUCCCUUCGCCGAUUUGAAGCCGCCAAGCUCCUCAUUGCUGCUGGCGCCGACCAGACUGUUCGGGACUCAGAUGGAGCCAACAUUCUUCAUCUCCUCCUAUGCAGUGCAUAUUCAUCCAAAACCGUCGACAGUAAGCAACUGAAGACAAUCAUGCAGUUCCUCGGUCUCAUCGAUAAGCGCCUAAUCUCGUCAUUGCUCUCUGAACGCUCGUCUUACUCUCCUGGAUCGUUGACGCCGCUCAUGCGCUGGAUGAGAAAUUCACACGAGAGCAGUUCCGUUCUUAAAGCACUCUUGGACUUCGCCGAACCAACUGGAAACGAGCAUCUGGAACACUUAGACGGUUCGGGGGAGACACCGUUGCAUUACGUCGUCAAGUCCCAGAAGCAGGAAUGGUUGAAGAUUAUAUUGAAAUACCGCCCUGAUCUACUGUACCGCGAGAAUUCGGUUGGCAAGACUCCAUACGAAGUCGCCGAGGACGCGUACAUAACCAGGUGCGUCUCAGAAGCGCUGGGGGUUUCGAGGCAUAUUAGCAACAUUUCAAUCACUGAUCGCGGCACGGAAUCCUUUGCGCCGGACUACAGGGCGCCGGAAUCUGUUGAUACGGAGAGCAUCUGGAGGUUUUGCAAGAACGUUAUGAAGGAGCAUCCUGGGAAGAGACGACUGGUCAGCUUGUUGGAUGCGAAUGAAGUGACAAAGCGGCUGGCGACGAGAUAUACGGGCAGGUCCCGAUAUCGAAGUGGCCAGGUGGAUGGUGGUGAGAGUGAUGUAGAGUCGACUGUUGCGGAAUCUGAGGAUCAUACAGAUGAGGUUAAGCAAUGGUACACACACGCUGACGUUUCUUUAUGGGAUGAAGAUGAGGAUGAGUUUGACAGCUCUGGUUUGAGGGAUGGCGUGGCUGGAGGGAUGGAUAGAUGA